AUGGUUGACGACGCGGUCCUCGCCGCGGCUGCCCAAGUCGUCUCCUCACUUGCCGCCGAUGCCAAGACGGCCUCGUCCCUGACCGUCACCCUUGGGUCCAAGAUUAAACUCCCUGGAGAUGAUUCCCCCGCCAAGCAAUAUUUCGAGAUUGAGCUACAAAAACUCGCUCUCAGAAUCGAUCAGCUAGAGCGGAGGGCCGCCACUGCGCCUCCUGCUUCCCUCCCCGAAACGCCAAACGAAAUCAACGACCCUGUCUUUGGCGAUGAUCCUACCAUUUCCCCCGCCGUUCGCGCCGCCAAGGCGAAGCUGCUCCAAGCUCACCCUGGCUUGCUGGAGGGCUCUCGUUUCACGGGCCAUAUCACAAAGCAGCAGCUCGAGGGCCUUCGCGACCAUGUCGAUGGCCAGUCCAAGCUCCUUGACAACCAGCGUAGUGAGCUGGCCGGCGUCAAUGCUCAGCUCAUGCAGCAGAAGCACCUUCAGGAGCGUGCUCUCGAAGUCCUUGAGCAGGAACGCGUCGCCACCCUUGAGCGAGAACUAUGGAAGCAUCAAAAGGCCAACGAGGCCUUCCAAAAGGCUCUCCGUGAAAUCGGUGAAAUUAUCACCGCCGUCGCCCGCGGUAAUCUGACCAUGAAGGUCCGCAUGAACACCGUAGAGAUGGACCCCGAAAUUACCACAUUUAAACGCACCAUCAACGCCAUGAUGGACCAACUGCAAAUCUUUGCAUCCGAGGUCUCCCGCGUCGCCCGUGAAGUCGGUACCGAAGGUUUACUUGGUGGCCAGGCCCGCAUUGGCGGCGUUGAUGGAACCUGGAAGGAACUGACCGACAACGUGAACGUCAUGGCCCAGAAUCUCACCGACCAAGGCAAGUAUUUGCGAGAAAUUGCCUCCGUCACCACGGCCGUCGCUCACGGUGAUUUGACCAAGAAGAUUGAAAGACCCGCUCGUGGAGAAAUCCUUCAACUCCAGCAAACCAUCAACACCAUGGUAGACCAGCUCAGAACAUUCGCCUCUGAGGUCACACGCGUGGCCAGAGACGUCGGCACCGAGGGCAUCCUCGGCGGUCAAGCCGAUGUUGGGGGAGUCAAGGGCAUGUGGAACGACUUAACCGUCAAUGUCAAUGCAAUGGCCAACAACCUGACGACUCAAGUACGUGACAUUAUCAAGGUCACGACGGCUGUCGCCAAGGGUGAUCUCACCCAAAAGGUUCAGGCCGAUUGCCGAGGCGAAAUCUUCGAACUCAAAUCCACCAUCAAUUCCAUGGUCGAUCAGCUCUCCCAGUUUGCUCGCGAAGUCACGAAAAUAGCUAGAGAAGUCGGUACCGAAGGCCGACUUGGCGGACAGGCCACCGUUCACGAUGUCGAAGGCACAUGGCGUGAUCUCACCGAAAACGUCAACGGUAUGGCCAUGAACCUCACAACCCAGGUGCGAGAAAUCGCAAAGGUUACUACGGCCGUCGCCAAGGGUGAUCUCACAAAGAAAAUCGGGGUCGAGGUCCAGGGUGAAAUUUUGGAGCUUAAAAAUACAAUCAACCAGAUGGUUGACCGUCUCGGCACCUUUGCCGUCGAAGUCAGCAAAGUUGCCCGCGAAGUCGGUACCGAAGGAACCCUCGGUGGCCAGGCCCAGGUCGCCAACGUCGAAGGCAAAUGGAAAGAUCUCACCGAAAAUGUCAACACCAUGGCUUCCAACCUCACAGUGCAGGUCAGAAGCAUCUCAGCCGUCACACAAGCCAUUGCCAACGGCGACAUGAGUCGCACCAUUGAUGUCGAAGCAAACGGAGAAAUCAAGGUUCUGAAAGAAACCAUCAAUAACAUGGUUGGUCGACUCUCGAGCUUCUGCUACGAGGUGCAGAGAGUAGCAAAGGAUGUGGGUGUUGACGGCAAGAUGGGGGCCCAAGCCGACAUUGCUGGAUUGAAUGGACGAUGGAAGGAAAUCACAACAGACGUCAACACUAUGGCUGCUAACUUGACAACUCAAGUACGCGCCUUCUCCGACAUCACAAACCUAGCAACCGACGGCGACUUCACCAAGCUCGUCGACGUUGAGGCAUCCGGCGAAAUGGACGAACUGAAGCGCAAAAUCAACCAAAUGAUUUCAAAUCUCCGAGACAGUAUCCAGCGAAACACUCAAGCCAGAGAGGCCGCUGAACUAGCCAACAAGACCAAAUCCGAAUUUCUUGCCAACAUGUCUCACGAGAUCAGAACGCCCAUGAACGGUAUCAUUGGCAUGACUCAACUUACCUUGGAUACCGACUUGACACAAUACCAGAGGGAAAUGCUGAAUAUAGUCAAUAAUCUUGCGAACAGCCUCCUGACCAUUAUUGAUGAUAUCCUGGACUUGUCCAAGAUUGAGGCCAGGAGAAUGGUUAUUGAAGAGAUCCCGUAUACGUUACGUGGAACCGUUUUCAACGCGCUCAAGACUCUGGCAGUCAAGGCCAACGAAAAGUUCCUCGAUCUCACCUACAAGGUCGACAGUUCUGUCCCCGAUCACGUUGUUGGCGACAGCUUCCGUCUUCGACAGAUUAUUCUCAACCUUGUGGGCAAUGCCAUCAAGUUUACCGAACAUGGUGAGGUAAGCCUCAUAAUAAAAAAGAGUACCUUGGAUGAGGAAGUCGGACCUGGCCAAUAUGCUAUUGAAUUUGUCGUUGAAGAUACGGGUAUCGGCAUUGCUAAGGAUAAGCUGGACCUCAUUUUCGACACUUUUCAGCAGGCCGAUGGGUCCAUGACUCGCAAGUUUGGUGGCACAGGUCUCGGUCUGUCCAUCUCCAAGAGACUAGUCAAUCUGAUGGGCGGUGACCUAUGGGUCAACAGUGAGUCUGACAGGGGUAGUCAAUUUCACUUUACCUGCCGUGUCAAGCUCGCAUGGGAUGACACCGAGAGUCUUUACAAGCAGCUGCAGCCCUACCGCGGCCACCAAGUUCUUUUUGUCGACAAGUCUCAAUCUAGCUCGGGUCUCGAGAUCCGUGCCAUGCUGGAGCAGAUUGGCAUGCACCCGGUUGUGGUCGAUUCGGAGAAGAGCUCUGCCCUGACAAGACUCAAGUCUGGCGGCGCCCUGCCGUAUGAUGCCAUACUCGUCGAUUCCAUCGAGAUGGCGCGAAGACUCCGUGCCGUUGAUGACUUCAAGUACCUCCCCAUUGUUCUACUUGCCCCAGUCGUGCAUGUCAGUCUCAAGUCGUGCCUAGACCUGGGUAUCUCCUCUUGCAUGACUACACCAUGUAAGCUGAUUGACCUGGGCAACGGUAUGAUCCCUGCACUGGAGAACCGCGCAACGCCAACCCUGGCCGACAACACCAAAUCGUUUGAGAUUCUGCUGGCCGAAGACAACACUGUGAACCAAAGGUUGGCUGUCAAAAUUUUAGAAAAGUACCACCACGUCGUCACGGUAGCGGGCAAUGGUUGGGAGGCGGUUGAGGCCGUUAAGGAGAAGAAGUUUGAUGUCAUCCUGAUGGAUGUUCAGAUGCCGAUCAUGGGUGGUUUUGAAGCCACCGGCAAGAUUCGAGAGUACGAGCGCAGCAUGGGCUCACAUCGUACACCAAUCAUUGCUUUGACUGCUCACGCAAUGAUGGGCCAUCGCGAGAAGUGUAUCCAAGCUCAGAUGGACGAGUACCUGUCCAAACCACUCCAGCAGAACCAGCUCAUCCAGACUAUCCUCAAGUGUGCGACCCUCGGAGGGCCGCUUCUCGAGAAGAACCGCGAGCGUGAGCUACUCGCCAUGCAGGCGGAUGCAAACUCGUCGCUACACAAGGAGGAUAGCGGACUGCUGCGUCCAGCCAUGGAGAGCCGCUCCUUUACGUCGCGCGAGACGAUAAAGGCAAAAGAAGCGGCCGCGUCCAACGGCGAGGCAAGCUCGUCAAGGCAGGACGCGAUAUCGAUAACACGUCAAGAGAUGGCUGAUACCCGGAGACUUUCCAACUAG